AUUUCAGUUUAAACAACAAACAAAUUUACAAAAAAAUUCUUUUAAUCUUUAAUGAAGAAAUAUGGAUCAACCAGCAGCUGCUAUGGACAGUCUUUUACAAGCACUUCAAGUAAACAUCAUUCCAAAUCAAGAAUAUUUGUUGCAAGGAUCUGUGUUGGAUACUGCUGUUCAAAGAGUUCUGCAUCGACUUAAAGGACUUUGUGAUAAUGUGGAAUCAGCACCAGAACAGUUUUCUGAUUAUGAAGCAUGUUUUUCUCUUGGAUCACCAGUUACUGAUCAAAUGCAGGCUCAACAACAGCCGCCUCUAUUUCUUCGUGUUAUUCGAAAAACAAGUGAGCCAGUUGAUGCUGGCACACCGUUUCAACUGCGUUACAUUGGAAAUCCUGAAUUGGGUGAUGCCAAAAGACCAACAUUAGUAAGAGCAAGUUUUGAUAUUGCUUGUUCUCCUACGAUUUGUGACUUUCUGACUGAAAUGGGAUGCCAGUUAAAAUUUGAAUAUACGAUUCGAGGAUAUUUAUUCAGGAAAGGACGAAUGAAAAUAUCCGUCUCAAAGAUAUUUAAAAUAAAUCAGGAACCAAUCUCUCAAUCCUACCUUGUAGAACUUUCUGUUCUAGCUCCAUCUGGGCAUGACUCAGUUGCAGAAGACAUGAGAAUAUUCGCUGAAAAAUUAAAACCUUUGGUUUUAUUAGAAAAAAUUGAUUACAAAAGAUUGGCACAAAUGGGAAAUUAA